GGUAAGAAAAGAGCUGCCAUAACUCAUCGGAGGCUCCUCACCUUCUCUCCUGCUCCUUCUAGAAGCUUCGUGUCCACCCUGUAGCCCCCUGAUCAUCCGUCAAUCAGGGAAAAGUCUUCGGACCCCUGUGGCUUCCUGAAUGUUUGACCUGCCCAUGGCGGUGCCCACAGACAUGGCGGAUAACUGGCUGUCCUACCAGACGGAAGGCGAAGUGGGGCAGGAAUCCCUCUCUAGCUCCGUGAACCUGGACGACAGUCUGACCAGUCUACAGUGGCUGCAAGAAUUCUCCAUCAUCAAUGCCAACGUGGGCAAGACCCCUUCGUCGAGCGGAGACCCUCAUGGGUACCGUCACUUACCCGGUUCUGCUGCCCCCUGCUCACCACUGGCCGCUGAUCCUGCCUGCUUAGGAAUGCCACACACCCCAGGCAAGCCCACCUCAUCUUCUACCUCAAGGGCUGCCCACCUGGGACUUCAACCCAUGGAGGAGAUUGACUACAAGACCAACCCGCAUGUGAAGCCACCCUACUCCUAUGCCACCCUCAUAUGUAUGGCGAUGCAGGCGAGCAAGAAGACCAAGAUCACGCUUUCUGCCAUCUACAAGUGGAUCACUGAUAAUUUCUGCUACUUCCGGCAUGCAGACCCCACCUGGCAGAAUUCCAUCAGACACAAUCUUUCUCUGAAUAAAUGCUUUAUUAAAGUUCCUCGAGAGAAAGACGAGCCGGGAAAAGGUGGAUUUUGGAAGAUUGAUCCACAGUAUGCUGACCGGCUUAUGAAUGGUGCCAUUAAGAAGAGACGACUGCCGCCUGUCCAGAUCCACCCAGCCUUUGCUGGAGCCCAGUCCACUUCCUCUGAGAAUAAUAUGGGUCCCGUAUGGCCUUUGGCCAUAAGCUCUGAGUCCCAUCAGCUACUGAAGGAGUUUGAGGAAGCCACAGGUGAACAAAACUGGAAUUCUGCUGGUGAACACAUAUGGAGCCUUGCCGAGAACAAAGGUCACAAGCGCAAGCAGCCUUUGCCUAAAAGGAUGUUCAAAGCUCCCCGCUUAUCCAGUUCCCCCAUGCUGUCCCAUGAUGACCAGACAGAAUUGGGACCCCUAAAAGGAGAUUUUGACUGGGAAGUCAUUUUUGACUCAAACCUUGGAGACAACUUCUCUGCAUUUGAAGACCUCGAAGUUACUCCACCAUUGAGCCCAGUCAGCCAAUCUGUUGACCUCACAGUCCACGGCAAGCACAUUAACUGUCCGCAGCAGUGGUACCCUACAGGGCAGGAUCAAGUACCAGUCCAAAACAGUUUGGAUUUUGAUGAGACAUUCCUGGCCACCGCGUUCCUCCAGCAUCCAUGGGAGGAGGGCAGGAACGACUAUCUUUCAAACUCUACCAACCUAGAUCAGCUGUUUGAUCUCAAUGAAGAAUUCCCUCCAGGACUCAGUGACUGGAACGCCAUGGGUCCCUAUUUACAAUAACGGGGCCAUCUUGGACUUUUGUUUUGUAAAGACUUGUGUACAUUAUAUACUUACAGAUAGAUCAAUAGAUCAUUUUUAUAUUUACAUUUAUCUGACCUUGAACUCAUGUAAAGAGGAGAGCGUUCAGACGUUUACAUGUCUAUUAAAGGGAUACGGUGCCUCCGGCAGAAGACCCACUUCUCUAGUGAACCCAGGAAGAACUGGUCUACAGGACAGCAUGAACCCUGGACCUAGAGAAGACCCUUCCCCGAUUCCUCAAUCAAAUGUACAGUACUUAAAGAGAAAGAGAAAACUUUUGUACUUAUUUUUCUACAGAUAAAAGCAAAAAAAAACUAUGUUUUUGAAAGCGGUAUUGUCUUCUUCUGACGUAAAUUCCUGUGAACAGAUAUCUCUUAUGAUCAACUCUUAAUAAUGUGCAAUGUGUUCUUGCCAUCUUGAUUUGGUUUGUACUGACCUCGGCUCUAGCAAAUUCAUGAUGACCACAGGGGUUAUUUGGCCCCAUGGGCAAUUCAUGCCACUGCUUCCUUCUGUUUCUAUAGCUUGGAUGCCAGUCCAAACCAUGUAAGAUGUACCGUAAAGUCGCGAAUGGGUGCUGCUAGAGGUGUCUUCUGAAGAAUAUUUUUAAGCCUUUGCUGCCAGAGUCCUCAACGGGUUGGGUGCUCCUCUGGUGUGAAGAGUUAAGUCGGUGGCCUCGCUUGAAUUUAGAUACGUAGAAGGGGAACAAAUGUAUGUGUGUGUGUGUGUGAAUAGCGCUGGCACCAGUGAACAAUAAGGAGUUUAUGACUUGUUUGCCGCCUAUCUGA